ACUUCCAUCAGUAGAUUAUAUUUGUUGGUCAAUACUUCAACUCCUACAGGAGUGAUUAUACUUCCUAGUUUUGCAUUAAGUAAAAAACUUCACCUCUAAUUCAAUACAUCCGUUUCCGCCCGCCUUAUCAAAAAGUGUAACAGUUACAAUUCGAAAUGCUAGCGCCCGAUAAGUAUCUCUCUCCAAUGAAGCAAAUGACAGGUGCGGAGGAAAAUCGUCACUUUUUGCGAGCAUUCAUUCACACUUAUCGCGAUCUGCCAGUUCUAUGGGAUACUUCACUCCGGGAUUACACAAAUCGCGAUAAGCGCGCAGAGGCGUACGAGCAACUUGUACCAAUUUAUCGUUACCUUAAACGUGAUGCAAACGUUGAAGAUGUAAAGAAGAAGAUUAACACGUUACGCACCAACUAUCGCAAAGAGUUGAAAGUGGUGGAAAGCGCUCGCCGCAAUGGUACCAUACACCAUCCACGUUGCUGGACGUUUCACGAAUUAGAUUUCCUGCGCAACACCGAGAAAUUUUUGGCAGUUAAUCCAAGCACGCGUGGAGAUUCUUUCUCCGCCUUUAGUGAAAACUCACAAACACAGGCUUCAUUUAUGGAUACACCAACGUCCAGUUACAAUUUUCGCACAAUGAUGGGCGUGGGCACGUUGCAAUCGCCACCCAGUAUCACCGAAAUGUUUCAUAAAUCUUUUGGAAAUUCUCAAAAAUUGGAGCCAGAGCAAACUCCCCCUCCACCUGCCUCACAGGUAUCGACAACAAAUGCAGCGUCGAACGGACAAACUGCAAAUUCAGCAGAAUACAACCAUGCUGGACAGCAAUCGGGAACGGUAACAAGUUCUGCGAAGCGGUCGCGUUUCUCACCGACAAGCGCUUCAGGCACUUCUGGCCAAACCCCAGAUGAGCUACUCAGCAUAGCAUGUGAUUAUCUUUCGAGCACCUUUCCUGAAGAGGAAUCAAUCGCACGUACCUGGACUCAUAAGUUGAAACGUUUACAACGCGAACAGCGCUUGUUGGCUGAGAAAUUUAUCAAUGAAAUACUCUUUGAGGCGGAAUCAGGCACAUUGCAUCGUGGCUCAGUUCAUGUUAAUAGUUUUGAACCAUUUGUCCGUUUUGAAGAGCAAUCGGGUAAUGACCAAGAACAGGCCAAAUCACAGAGUCCCAGCGUGCACACAUCCACGUCAACAAUACCACUCGAUGGUGAAAUCAAGUCUAUUUCAAAUGCCGGUACUUCUGAAAAUGCUAAUACGGGCAGUUCCGUCAAUGAGAGAGGAUAUGAAAAUUACCAGAACUAGUUUAAUAUUUUAUAAGUAUUUUUUAAGUCAACAGUGUAUGUACGUGGUACAUUGCGUUUGUAUAUUAAUUAUAAAGUUUUGAAUUCGUUAUUGAACUUUAAAUCGUAAAACGUGAGUCAAAGUGUUAACAUGGUUUCAGUAAGUAAAAUAGAGGAAUAAAUCUGUGUUGGUCAUAUUAGUUUGUAUUUACAUACUAUACAUAUGUACAUGAAUAAAAUUUAUUGCUUUUUAACUAAUUAUUCAUUUAUUCUAGUGAC